GUGCCUGCCAGCUCCCGCCAACUUCUCCUCAUCUCAGCUUCAUCCUCUUCAUCUCUCCUCCCUCCUUCUCCUUAGUUUUGUCGGUUUGUGGGCUGGUUGACCUUUGCGUCGUUGUGCCGUCUGCAAACAGUCGCACGCGGGUUAUUCUUGCCCGCCCACGAGGAACUCUCCGGCUGCAGUCGUCCUCUCACGACUCGAGCUGUCUUCUGACCUUGUUCUGACCACUCUCAUACUGGAGUAUACGGCCCUGGAACCUCUACAACGCUACUACUACAACCGACCUAAUGUCUCCCGCUCGCCAUGGACACGACAAUGCACCACCGAACAGGGCUCUCGUCGCCGGUACGGUGACCUUCUACCUUGUCGCAGCACUGUCGAUGGUCAUGGCCAACAAAUGGGUCCUCAAUACCACGGACGUGCCACUGUUCUUCCUAGACAUGCAACUCCUCAUCGCCGUUGUAUUGUUCCUCUUCGCACACAUGCUCGGCAUGCUACAGCUACCACUACGAUGGGACUGGCAGGUCAUUAAGGGCCUUAUACCGACGGUGUCACUGAGCUUGGUCGGACUGAGUCUGAGUAACUACACACUCAAGUACGUCGACGCGUCCUUCUACCAGGUCGCUCGCGGAAUGGUGCUCCCCUUCACCGUCUGCACGUCAUUCUUCAUCCUGCAAGCCCGACCAUCCCUGCGCAUUCUGGUUGCGUGCUCCAUCGUGACCCUCGGCUUCUUCGUCGGUGUCUUCUUGGACGGCACGAACGUCUCCGCUCUGGGCGUGACGUUCGGUGUCGUCAGCUCGAUGGUCACCGCGCUGCACUCCGUCGUCAUCAAGAAGUCUCUGGACGUCGUGCAUGGGAGCGCGCUUCACCUGUCGUGGUACACCAACCUGCUGAGCGUGAUCGUGCUGACACCAGUCGUCGUGCUCGGCGGUGAGGGCCCGGGGGUGAUGAAGCUGCUGUUAGGCCCGGAGUCCACGCCGGGCCAGCUGUACACGUUCAUGAUAGGCUCUCUGGUCACGGGCCUCUUCGGGUUCCUCAUGAGCAUCGCCAGUCUGCUCUCCAUCAAGGUCACCUCGCCGAUCACUCACAUGGUCUCCUCCGCGGUGCGCGGCGUCGCCGCCUCGCUCCUCGGACUGUGGCUCUUCCACGACAUCAUCACAACCGGCCGCGCCUCAUCGGUCGCCAUCAUUCUCCUCGGCUCGAUAUACUACACCUGGGUCAAGCAUGUCGAAUCGCAGCCGACCUACGAGCGCGUGCCACUAGAGGACAUAGAGACGGGCAAGCAGGGCAAGCCCGAGUAAGCGCCCAUAACGGCCAAAAGUGUAGUGCGUCAUAGACAGUCGUAUUGUUAUGUGCUCUCGACGUGUUGUUGUGCGCGCUCGUUCCAAUCUCGAUGAGCUAGGUUAUAUAGACAGGGACUGUAAUGAAGUUCUGUGGGCGGACCGCGGAUGGUGCCUGGCUUCGAUGUUUGUGUGUGUGGCUCGUCGACGUGCGUCGUUGGCACCCGCUGGACCACUAAUGACUAGUGGUGGACUCGGAUGGCCCUGCAACGGUCUGCUCGCGUCGUGGACCUAUCA